GGAGCUAAAUUUGGGACAGAGGUGAUCAGGUUGCUUUACUGUGUGCACAUGAUACUGUCCUAGUUACUUGAGCGAUGUCCCUUCUCACACCGUCUCACUCUCUCAACAAGUUCAGACACUCAGCGAUCCUCUUCUUCAAUAGUUAGACCAGCACUCAGUCACAUCAUCUGAAGUAAAGGACAUAUUUACAGCAGCCUUCCUUGAUUGGACUUCACUGUCUCUUGACUGGACUGAAUAUUUGGGCCCGGUGCUGUGGAGCUCCAGUCCUGUUUAGUGCUUCCCGUCUCUCAACACCCCUACUACAGCAUUUGGCGGGAGGAGAAGGCCGCUGACCCGCCAUGUUUCUCGCACUGGUUGUGACGCCAGAGCUCAGGGAGUUCCUGGCCAGGGCAAGAGGUGGAGCACUGCGCCUCAUCAAGGUGCGCAUCCAAGAUGAGCAGCUGGUGCUGGGGGCCUGCAGAGAGCCAGAAAAGAGCUGGGACCAGGAUUAUGAUCACUUUCUGCUUCCUCUCCUGGACGACCAGGAGCCCUGCUACAUCCUAUACCGCCUCGACUCCAAGAAUGCACAGGGCUACGAGUGGAUCUUCAUAUCAUGGUCUCCUGACCAGUCUCCAGUGAAACAAAAGAUGUUGUACGCUGCCACCCGUGCCACAGUGAAGAAAGAGUUCGGUGGCGGCCAUGUGAAGUAUGAGAUAUUCGGCACAGCUGAGGAGGACAUCUGUUUGCUGGGCUACCAGCAUCAUGUGUCAUCCUGCUCAGGUCCUGCCCCGCUCACAUUAGCUGAGCAGGAGCUCCAGAGGAUCAAAAUCACAGAGGGCCGGGUUAAACAGGUGAAGACAGACAUCAGUGUGGAAAGUAAGCACCAGACACUUCAGGGCCUCGCUUUCCCUCUGCAGGAGACAGCCAAAAGAGCCCUACAGCAGCUUGCUCACAAACGCAUCAACUACAUACAAUUGAGGUUGGAUAUAGAGAAGGAGACAAUCGAGUUGGUUCACUCAAACCCGACAGAAACUCGGGAAUUGCCCCGCAGAGUUCCCAAAGACACUCCCAGAUACCACUUUUUCCUUUACAAACACUCCCACGAAGGAGACUACCUGGAAUCUGUUGUGUUCAUAUACUCCAUGCCAGGAUACAGCUGUAGCAUUAAGGAGCGGAUGUUGUAUUCUAGUUGCAAGAGUCGACUACUGGAGGAAGUGGAGAAAGAUUACCAUUUGGAAAUUGCUAAAAAGUUGGAGAUUGAUGAUGGGGAUGAACUGACAGGGGACUUUCUGUAUGAAGAGGUCCAUCCCAAGCAACACGCCCACAAGCAGGCCUUCGCUAAGCCCCGUGGCCCAGCAGGAAAAAGGGGACACAAGCGCAUCAUUAAGGGUCCAGGAGAGACCAUACAGGACAGCUAGAGGCUACCAUAUUUUCUUCUAUAGUUGAGACUGCAGUUCCAGCACAUGUCCCCCAGACACAACAAAGAAACAAUUGUGCUAUAUAACAAGUAUGUUUUUGAUGAAAAUAUGAUGAUAAAUGAGCUUAAAUCUGUUUUCCCCACAAAGAAAUCAAAUGCCGCAGACAAAAAUAUAUGUGUAUAUCAUCACAAACAUGACUAAUAACAAAAGCUUAUUUAGGUUUCGUGAUGAUUUCCACUUUUAAAAAAAGAGAAACUCAGACAGCUGGCCUUGUUCUUCCAUACUUACAAAAAUAAAUAUAAAUCUGCAGCUGACUGUAUAAUAGACUUACUGAAUUGUUAAUGCACUGUCAGAUGUUUCAGUCCUUGUGUCUAGCCUCCAAUACAGGUUUUGUAUCAACAAUAUUUGUAAGAGAUAAACAAUAUGGAAUAAAUUCUGAAUAAAAUCUUGUUUAUACUGAGGUAUUAAA